CCGCAAGAUGGCGGCGGCCGAAAGAGUCGCCGCCGAGGAGACAAGGCUGACGCACUUCCGGACCCGCCCCUUCACCGUGACGUAAUUUCCAUGGGAGUCGCCCUGCGAGACGCCGUUGCCAUGGCAACGGUCGGGGCACACGGCUAGAGUUUGCCGGGUUUCACAGAAGUGGCUGGCAUGCCAGUCAGUUCUAUGAGCCGACCAGACACAGGGGCUGAGGCUGCGACGCCGGAGACGGGGACCCAAGAGCUGUUUGGGGCCAGCCCUGCACUGGAGACAGGAAGCCAGGUACCUGGAUGAGCCUCUGACCCUGAGCCUUAGGCUGGUCCGAGAGUUGGGCAGGCGCCCGUGCAGACAUCCAGCUCCAUAGGCAGUCACCUACACAGAGGAGCCGUGAGGAUGGCUCACCUGCUGGGCAGCCCGGCCUGCAUGGACAGCCUGCGCAAGGACCUCACCGACCUGCAGGGCACCAUCGUAGAUGUCUUUUCCCGUGCCGGACCCGUGCGCUUUCCCUCCUGGAAGUUUCCUGACCGCGUGGCCUGUGACCUGGACAUGGUGGCCCUGCUAGAACGCUAUGACCAUGUGCCAGGUGACCCCGAGUUCACACAGCUGUCCCAUGCUGUGCUGUUGGAACUUGUCAUCGACAGGCUCCUGCUGCUACUUCAGAGCUGUGGGAGCUACUUGGAGAACGUCGGUUCGGAGCAGACAGUGCCCCCUGCCCAGGUUGCAGGGCCCUGCAUGUCUGUGGGGCUCACAGUACGGCGCUUCUGGAAUAGCCUGCUGAAGCUGGGCAUGCUGUACCAGCAGGCUGCCCCUCAGAAAAGGGCAGCCCAAGGGGAGAGCCCCACCUCCAAGCCCACAGCCAAGGGCGAGCCAGCCAGGAGCCCUGAAGUUCUGACUGCCAAGUUCAAGUCCCCCUCCCCACGGCCAGGCUUGGCCCAGCCCUGCCGAGAGCCGGACAGCGUCCCCAUCAUUGUCUCCCUGAAGUCUCGAGCCAGGACCGCUGAGAACACCAGGAGUAUCCACUCCCAGACUGUGGAGACGGCCCUGGUGCCCUGUGAUGCAUGCACCAGCGUCCAGGGCAGCCUGCGGGAGGUGGGCAAGGUAGUCAUUAGCCUGUGUCAGAGCCAGAAAUUGCCCUCAUCCUUGGGCCAGUUUCAGCAGCUGGUGCAGGACAGCAUGGGGGUCAGGCCACUGCCCGCUGCCACUGUGGGCCACUGGGCAGCAGAGCAGAGCAAAGACCUGACACGCCUCAGUAAGCAUGUGGGGGCCCUCACUCAGCUUGUCGGGCCCCUCAGGGCCCAGCUGGAGGAGGCUGAUGGGCAGAAGGGUGCACUGAGGAAGAAGGUGAGCGAGCUGGAGCAGAUACUGCAGCAGGAGCAGGGGGAGCGGCAGCGGCAGGCGGAGGAGACCCAGCAGCGCCUGGCCAAAUGGGAGCACGACAAGCAACAGCUGCUCACAGAAACAAGUGACCUCAAGAUGAAGGUGGCCACCCUGGAGAGGGAGCUGAAGCAACAACAGGAGACCACGCAGGCCGUGGAGACAAAGGCCCAGCAGCUGCAGGAGGAGGCUGAGCGCAGGGCAGAGGCCGAGAGGCAGGUGCAGCAGCUAGAGGAGCAGGUGCAGCUGCUGGCAGGGCGGCUGGACGGGGCCAGCCAGCAGAUCCGCUGGGCCAGCACGGAGCUGGACAAGGAGAAGGCCCGCGUUGACAGCAUGGUCCGCCAUCAGGAGUCCCUGCAGGCCAAACAGCGAGCCCUGCUCCAGCAGCUGGACAGCCUAGACCAGGAGCGCGAGGAGCUUCGGGGCAGCCUGGAUGAGGCCGAGGCCCAGCGGGCCCACGUGGAGGAGCAGCUGCAGAGUGUGCAGAGUGAGAGGGAGCAGGGGCAGUGCCAGCUCCGGGCCCAGCAGGAGCUGCUGCAAAGCCUUCAGGGGGAGAAGCAAGGCCUGGAGCAGGCGACGACAGAUCUGCGGUUGACCAUCUCGGAGCUGGAACUAGAGCUCGUGGAGCUGAAGGAGAGGGAGCGGCUCCUGGUGACCUUCCCAGACCUGCACAGACCUGUCGAGACCCAGAUCCAAAGCUCCGGCAACGUCACGGAUGACAUGGAGAGGCAGGUACAGGCCAACGACAUCCGCAUCCGGGUCCUGCAGGAGGAGAACGGGCGGCUCCAGUCGAUGCUAUCCAAAAUUCAGGAGGUAGCCCAGCAGGGGGGCCUCAAGCUGAUCCCGCAGGACCAGCUCUGGGCCCCUCCCGGCCAGGGAAUCCAGGGAGCAGUGCCCCCAGCCCAGCCCCAGAGAGCAUCCCCAGGGCCUCUGGGUAGGCGGUACCUACCUGGCAGCAGGAUGGCCAGUGCAGGCAGGACCCUGCCUGGCCAGCCCCGGGCAUCCCCACCUCGGCAGCCCAGUGGCCGGCCCAACAAGUCCUCCCUAGAGGAUGUGACCCACCCGACCACCUGUGCCCAGAACCCCAUGCGGGCCUUGGCCAGGCUGAGGAGGAGACUGUCACCAAGCCGGGGCCAGGCCGGCCCUACACACCAGCCCCAGGAGCGGCCCAUGUAGCCUGUAGUGGGGUGGGGCUGGGGGGCAGGUGGCUGGCAACCCACCCAAUGUAAUAAAGCCCUGGCCGUCACAGCACUGGCUGAGCCAGGGGCAGAGUCCUUCCUUCCCUGUCCUGGGCAGGGACCACUGAGUCCCCAGCCAUGCAGGUUAUACAGCAGCAGAGGCCUGGCACAUGGUGGAUCCUCCGUAAAUGGAAGCUUCCUGACAGGGGCAGUGGGAGAAGAGGGCACACACCGAGGGCAGAAAGAAGCUCCUAACACCUGGGCCAGGUAAAAGGCAGCCUUUCAAUCCCCAUAGCAAGGGCCAAAGGGUAGCAUGGACUCUGACACCCCACCAAUGAAGGGCAGGGGCGGUGUAGGGGGUGUGCAGCGGAAGGAGGUCAGCUCAAGGUAGGCCCCAUGAGGGUAUCUAAGGCAAGAAAGGAGUCAGAGACAGGUCCUGGCUCUGGGCUUGUGGAGACAGGCAGAGGGCAGCAGCGCCGUCCCCAGCCCCAGGUCCAAAGCUGGGGCCUCCCACCCUGGCUCUGAACCUGGGGAUGGGGACAUUAAGGACCCAAGAAAGUCAGCUUUCCUUUCACUGAGGAACUCUUCACCUUCAGAAAAUGUGAGUCACGAAGGAUUUCUCUAACUCCAGGAGGUUGGGUCUCCAGGAAACCACUGAAGGCAGGGCAAGGCCUCACCCAACCAGAGGGCGGGACACCCUAGCCAGCCUUGGCUUUCCCAGGCCUGUUCCUUGGGGCCCAGGCCCUGAUGCCACCUGCCACACCAGACCCCUAGCAGUCGUCUCCUCGGGAAGGUUCCAGCCUGCCCUGAUUCACCUUGCCUGUGAGGGACAGCCCUAAGACCUUGCUGAGGACUUCUCAGGGUGGGCGCUCCCAGCUUCCUAUGACAUUUUCCCCUGGUGAGGAGGCCAGGUCGAGUGCCCCAGUUUAGGGAGAAAGGUCAGGAGGGGCCAGGUGUGCAGCUGAACCGGCACGGCCAGCGUCAGCCCAACUCUUGCUCCUGUGGAGCCGGGGGUUCCUGAGGAAGGCUGCGAUGCUCUGGCCCUGCCCCUCACAGGUGACAGGCAGCCUGAGCUGGGGGCUCCUGAGGCAGGAGGCCUGGGCCCAACAGCAGGGGAAGGACCUGUCAGUGCUCAGCUCCUCUCUGCAUCCAAUUAUUAGCUCACAGUUAGGUCAGAAGUCCAGGCCCUGUGUGGCUGGACUCCCUGCUCAGUCUUAGAAAGCUGACAUCCAAGUAUCUGCCAGGUUGCAUUCUGUUCUGAUGGCUCUGUGGAAGAACCCAGGCUCAUUCUGGUUGUUGGCAGAAUUCUGAUUCUUGGUGCUGUAGGUUGAGGUCUGUUUCCUUGCUGGCCACGGUCAGCCAGGGGUCACUCUUAGCUCCCAGACUGUCUGCCUUCCUUGCCCCCUCCAUCCUCAAGUCCUCCAUCCUCAGAAUGUUUCAUGUGGUUUGGUUAGGUCCACUUAAAUACUUUCCCUUUCAAGGUCCACUAACCUAAUCAUGGGAGUCAAAUCCAUUAGAAUCACAAUUCCAGUAUUAUACAAGGCAUGUUCAUGGGGU